GACGGGGCGGUUUGUUUGUUCCGGGAUUUACUAAAUUUUCGUCAAGGCCGUCGAAUCAAUUAAAUCCAAAAUGUGUUCCACUAAUACAAGUUUACUAUGCGAAAUUAAGAACAUGAAACUGUCCGGGGAUCCUGAGCUGGACCAGCAGAUCAGGAAUUGGAUUAAGUGGGACCGAAAUGAAACAACUCGCAACCAAAUCAUGAAUGCUGUCCGAUGUGAAGAUUGGAACACGCUGCGAGCGCGACUCUUAAAUCGCAUAGAAUUCGGUACUGCUGGGUUAAGGGCCUGUAUGCGGGCUGGGUUCGACUCGAUGAAUGAAUUGGUCGUUGUUCAGAGCGCACAAGGGCUUUGUGCUUACAUUAAGGAGCAAGUUCCUGAGGAAUCUGAAUGGGGCGAUAAGGGCAUAGUAAUUGGAUAUGAUGGUCGUCACAAUAGCAAGCGCUAUGCGGAAUUGACUGCAAUUAUAUUCCUAAAUAACAAAUUUAGAGUGCAGCUAUACACUCGGUUUGUUGCUACACCAUUGGUGCCCUUCACGAUACUUCGGUUGAAAUGUCUGGCGGGUGUCAUGGUGACCGCAUCCCACAAUCCUAAAGAAGACAAUGGCUAUAAGGUAUAUUGGAGCAACGGAGCACAGAUUAUUCCACCACAUGACGCUGGUAUACAGGAGUCAAUAAUGAAAAACUUAGAACCGAAUGGUGAUGCGUGGGAUGAAUCGGCUCUUUGCGCCAACGACAUGCUUAACGAUCCAUACGAAUCUGUUGUGCCCUUUUAUUAUGAUGCGCUUAAGAAAUUAAUCCCCUGUUCAAUGAUGGAACAAAAUGGCAAAUGUUCACUGACCUUUACCUAUACCGCUAUGCAUGGCGUAGGCUACCCGUAUGUACAGAGAGCUUUUGAUACUAUCAACAUAAAGCAACCUGUGCCAGUGACGGAGCAAGUGGAGCCUGAUCCUAACUUUAGCACUGUCAAAUUCCCAAAUCCGGAAGAAGGCAAGACAUCGUUGGAGUUGGCAUUCAAAAGGGCCAAUAUGUGCAACACUCCGAUAAUAUUGGCCAACGAUCCUGAUGCUGAUCGUUUAGCAGUAGCCGAAAUUGAUCGUGAAAAGAAGUGGAAAAUAUUCACUGGUAACGAGCUGGGAGCACUUCUAGGCUGGUGGGCAUUGGAAAACUACAAAUUCCGUGAACCUGAAGGUGACAUCUCGAAUUGCGUAAUGAUUGCCAGCACCGUUAGUUCGAAAAUCCUUCGAGCGAUGGGCGAACAGGAAGGAUUCACUUUCUACGAGACCCUAACAGGCUUCAAAUGGAUGGGCAACAAGGCAAUUGAGGCACAAGCAGAGGGUAAAACAGUUUUAUUUGCCUUUGAAGAAGCUAUCGGCUUUAUGGUGUCCACCAAUGUCGUGGACAAGGAUGGUGUUAGUGCCGCAGCCCACGUUGCAACCAUGGCCUGCUACUUGCGCUCCAAGAAGUGCAUGUCCUUACAGGAGAAAUUGCGUGAUAUCUACGAAACAUACGGAUUCCACACGAGCGUUUGUUCAUAUGUCAUUUGUAAGGAUCCAGAGCUAAUCAAAACCAUAUUCACCCGUCUGCGCACAUUUGAUGAAGGGCAAGAAAAUACUUAUCCGAAGAGCAUAUUGAACGGCGAGUUCGAAAUCGAGCAUGUACGUGAUUUGACCACUGGUUACGAUAGCAGUACUUCGGAUCAAAAGGCUACGCUGCCUGUGAACGAAAACGCUCAGAUGAUAACCUUCAUCUUCAAGAAUGGUUUGGUAGUCACUCUGCGCACAAGUGGCACAGAACCCAAGAUGAAGUACUAUGCCGAGAUGUGCGGUAAGCCAGACGACAAGAAUUGGGAUAAGCUGUCAACCACACUUAAACGCAUGGUCGAAGCCAUUGUUGAUGAAUUCUACGAGCCAAAAAAGAAUGGUCUUCAGAUGAGAGCGGACUAAACAAUGCAGAAGCGAAUUUGACGGCACAUUAAAAAUGAGCACUCCACCCAAAAUUAUAGGUUUAAUUUUAAAGCAGUAAAAUAAAACUGAUACCGAUAUACCAAAUAGCAACAACGGAAAAGUUGUUGAUUUAGCCCUAAUCUAAUAUUAAAUAUGUAUUCAUAGUAAAUAGCACAUUAUUUAUAACCAGAAAUAAACAUUUCCAGCGAACGCGCACAAACAAA